CUCUCAGACUCUCGUUCAACAUGUGGGAGAAAACAUUUGUGCUGCUGCUUCACGCUGUGGAAGCUGUAGUGGCGUCUCAGUGCUGGCAGGGGGCGACCUUCUCUGAGGCGGUGGUGUCUCCGGCGGUGGAGAGCAGCGGUAUCCUGCGUGUGCCGGGCGUCGCGUCGCUGCCGCAGUGCGUGGCGGCGUGCUGCGACCUGCCGGGUUACGACCUGGCCUGGAUGUUCAAAGGCCGCUGCUACGUCCUGAGCUGCCAGCAGAGGGAGAACUGUCAGCCCCAAGAGCGACCCGGCGCCGACUCUGUCCUCGCCUUCCUGCGCCGGACGUCGCAACAGACACUAGUGCUGCAGUCUCUGGUGCGAGGCGAGCCGUACGGCGGUCAAUGGAGUCCCCUCUCUAGGUCCUCUGAGGCCCCUGGGGACCUGGAGGCACUGAAGGACCUCGCCCUCUUUGAUGGACCCGAGCAGGACUUCUCUGACCCUGGCAUGCUGGAUGUGGAGUACUCAGAGGGAAGCUUGGAGGAGCGGGGCGGGGGUGGGGGCAGAGGAGGAGCAGAGGCUGACCUGAUGACCCAUCAACCAUCCUUGAAGGGAGGAGACAAGUUUAACCAAUCAGAGGCAGAGGAAGGCUCAGAGAGGGGGCCGACGGAGAGCAGCGUGGCCCAGGAUAGAGCCUCGUCUGAGGGGAGUCUGAGCCGGGGAGACGAGGACAGAACCAGGAGACCAACUGAUGCAGAGAAAACAACCGAAACACAAAGCAGCACCGAUUCUAAAUCAUCAUCAUCAUCAUCAUCGCUGUCGCUAUGGAAACCAACAGCCGCCUCCUCGAAAAGCAACCAUAUAAGGGCUUCACCUUCCAGCUCUGCCACGCCCCACUGGACCAGCAACACGCCCACACAGACAGAUCAGCCCCUGAACGUCUCCCUUGGAAACCCCGCAGAACAGACGACGCUCACAGUUAAAUUAGACGCUUCGCUCGCCCCUGAACCCACAACUGAUGCAGUGAAGUUGUUCCAGUCAGCAUUCAGAGCUCCACCUGCCACCCAGCCUCUGAUCCGUGCAGUGACCUCUGACCCUGCCACCACGUCGCCUCGCAGCACCAUCGCCCCGGCAACAACAACCACCGCCGCUGCCGUCGCCACUGCGCCCUCUGCUAUGACCGCAACAGAGCCCGAUAAACUUAUAAACAACAGCAGUAAACCUGACAGAACAUCUCUCGUCUCUGUGUUGGUAUCAGAGGUGGGGGGGUCAAACCGUGGUCCGGUGGCCGUUGUGGGUCCUGAGAGGAAGUUGUUUCUCCCGGUGAGCAGCGUGGUGCUCGAUGGCAGCGGCAGCACCGACGACCGCGCCAUCAUCAGCUACCACUGGGACGCCGUCAGUGGUCCUCCGGGAUUGAAGCUGGAGGGCGGGGAUCAGGCGGUUGCCACGGCGACAGGCCUCCGGAUGGGACGCUACACCUUCAGACUGACCGUCAGUGACCAGCAGGGGGCGACAGACAGCGCCUCGCUGACCGUCAGGGUCCAGGAGGCCAGAAGUCCUCUUCCCAUCGCUCACGCCAGCGGCAGCCACACUCUCACUCUGCCCAACAACUCUCUCGUCCUCCGCGGCUCCAUGACCGAAGGAGACCAGACGGAGGUUCACUACCUUUGGGUCCGAGACAGCCAGAGUCCUGCUGCUGGGGAUGUGCUGUACGACUCGGACACUCAGGCCUCGCUCUACCUGUCCAACCUGGUUGAAGGAACCUACCUUUUCCAGCUGAGGGUGACGGACGCUCAGGGACGCUCCAGCACCGCGACGGCCACCGUGGAGGUCCGACCAGAGCCGGGUGGAGGCGAGGAGGUGGAGCUGGAGAUGCUGGUGUCGGUGUCUCAGGUCAGCGUUGCUCAGAGAGACACGGUGGUCCGACAGCUCGCCGCUCUGCUGCACGUUCUGGACAACGACAUCCAGGUCCGAGCGCUGCAGGGACACUCACACCUCAGCACAGUGCUGCGGUUCUCAGUGCGUGGCCCCUCGGGGCCGCUCUCUGGCUCCAGACUGGUGAGUCUGCUGAGGAACCAGCUGCUCCGAGAGAAGAGCGAAUACCUGCUGUUCAGAGUGCUGAGAGUCGACACCGUCUUGUGUUUGCUCCGCUGCUCGGGCCGAGGACAGUGUGACCCAAUCACCAAGGAGUGCACCUGCGACCCCUUCUGGACGGAGAACCUAAUUCGCCGUUACCUUGGCGACGGGGAGAGUAACUGUGAGUGGAGAGUCCUGUACGUCAUCCUGACCAGCUUCCUGCUCAUGGUCUUCAUCCUGUCAGUCAGCUGGACCUUCAUCUGCUGCUGCAAGAGGAGGAGACAGACCAAAGUGAGGAAGAAAACCAAAUACACCAUCCUGGACAACAUGGACGAACAGGAGAGGGUGGAGCUCAGACCCAAAUUCAGUAUCAAACACCGCAGUACGGAGCACAACUCCAGCCUGAUGAUGUCCGAGUCGGAGCUGGACAGCGAUCAGGACACCAUCUUCAGCCGGGACCGGCCCGUCCGCAGCAGGAACCGGCUCAGUGCUCAGGCCGCCCGCAACGGAAACGCCUUCGGAUGA